GACUCGGGCGGCGGAGCGCGCACGCCCGCCCGCACGCGCCGGACGGGCUCCGGGCUCGUCGCUCGCUCUCCCACCAACCCCCGCCUUCGGCCGCCUGGCGCGCCCGCCGGCCCGUCCGCGCUCGCUCGGGGGCGCCCGCUCGCACGGCCCCCCGCUCCCCCUCGGUCCCUGUCAGGACGGUCGGGCGCGGGCCCUCACGCGUACCUUCGGCGGCGCGAGCCCCGGCCUCCUCCUCCUCCACCGCCUCUUCUUUCCUCCCCCCCCCUUCCCCGCCCCCACGGCCACCAACCGCCGCCACGGCCGCCGCCGCCGCCGCCGCCGCCUCCUCCGCCCCCCCACAUGCCCUCCGCCCCUCGCGCGUGCGCCUCCCACAAUCCCCCCCGCCGGACCGUUCCAUUCGCGCCGCCGCGGGCGCGGGGCGGGGGGGGGCGGGCGGCGCGGCGGCGGGGCUGCCGGGAGGGCCGCGAUCACCCGAGGGGCGGGCAGAGGCCCGGGACGACUCACCUCCCCGGCCGCCGCGCCGCGCCGCCCAGGCUCGCCUCCGCCGGCCGCCGACGGGCCCCGGUGGGCGCGUCCGGGGCGGCCCAGCUCCCCUCCGCCGGCAGGCGGUUGGAGGCCGCGGCGGCUGCGCGGUGAGCCGCUUCCUGCCGGACGGCUCGAGCUCGCCGGUCGGCUGCGGGAGGCGCGGAGCGUGCGGUUCGGCGUCGGCGGAGGCCUGGUGCGCCCCUCGGGCGGGAAGGAGCCGGUGCCGGGGCUUGAUCCCCCGCGAGGUCGCAGCAGCGAUGCUGACCAGGACGUCGAGGCUCGUCCCUGGGGCCCGGCGGUUGGACCCUGGACGCCUUUUGCACACGGGGUCCCAGGCCCCCCAAAGCCUUGCCGCUCACCUGGACAACCAGGCCCCAGAUGAUAGUCCCAGAGCAGUUUCCCGCACCAGUGAGAAGGACCCGGCCAGGCAUGGGGAGCGGCAUGAAGGUCUCCACUACAACAUCCCCCUCCAGGACAUGAGGACCCUGUUCCCCCACAGCCUGCCUCCUCGCUUUUCCAUGCAGGUGAAAACAUUCAGUGAAGCUUGUCUGAUGGUAAGGAAGCCAGCCCUGGAGCUUCUGCAUUACCUGAAAAACACCAAUUUUGCCCACCCUGCUGUGCGGUAUGUUCUCUACGGGGAGAAAGGGACAGGAAAAACCCUCAGUCUUUGCCAUGUUAUUCAUUUCUGUGCAAAGCAGGACUGGCUGAUCCUGCACGUUCCGGAUGCUCAUCUCUGGGUGAAGAGCUGCCGGGGUCUUCUGCCCUCCACCUACAACAAGCAGCGUUUGGACCAACCUGCAGAAGCUUCCAUCUGGCUGAAGAAUUUCAAAACUACAAAUGAGCGUUUCUUGAGUCAGAUAAAAGUUCAAGAGAAGUAUGUCUGGAAUAAGCGAGAGAGCACGGAGAAAGGCAGCCCUCUGGGAGAGGUGGUGGAACAGGGCAUCACGCGGGUGAAGAACGCCACGGAUGCAGUCGGGGUUGUUCUCAGAGAGCUCAAGGGUCAGAGUUCUUUGGGCGGGUUUCGCCUCCUGGUGGCGGUGGAUGGAGUCAACGCUCUCUGGGGAAAGACCACACUGAAAAGAGAAGAUAAAAGCCUGGUGGCCCCCGAGGAGCUUGCGCUCGUGCACAACCUGAGGAAAAUGGUGAAAAACGACUGGCAUGGAGGCACCAUUGUGUUGACUUUGAGCCAGACUGGAUCCCUCUUCAAGCCACGGAAGGCCUAUCUGCCUCAGGAGCUGCUGGGAAAGGAGGGAUUUGAUGCCUUGGAUCCCUUUAUUCCCAUCCUGGUUUCCAACUACAGCCCGAAGGAGUUUGAAAGUUGUAUUCAGUAUUAUCUGGAGAACAGUUGGCUUCAACAUGAGAAAGCUCACACAGAAGAAGGGAAAAAGGAGCUUCUGUUCCUGAGUAACGCAAACCCUGGACAGCUGGAGCGGCUGUGCGCCCACCUUUGAGCCACGGUCGCGACGCGCGUGGACGACAGUGGACGUUUCCUUUCACAGACCCCGUCAGGCAGGGGGGGGCCACACGGUCCACGGACAGAGGGCCCUGCGCCGCAGCGGCUCCCCCGUGAAGUGACCAUGUGGCAGUAAGGUGUCCUCUUGUUCCCGAAACUCGUGAGAGCUUUUCAGGGGUGGUUUUCGUAUUGUAAGUAAUUAUGGAUCUGUCCUUAAAAAUAAAUGAUCCUUCUCAAA